AUGUCGGAGUUUGAUCUCGCUGCGCAGUGUUUAGAUUCCAUCUCUAACCGGCCACCGGUGGACCGUUGUCCCGAUGCCAAACCGACAGAAGACAUGUCGAAAGAGAACCAAGAAAACCGGACUUUGCUAAUGGUGGCGAUGAUUUUGCUCGACCUGAAAAAAAUUAACCAGAACACAAUCAGUGGGACAUGUGGUGGGGGUAGUAAAUGUCUGGGCCAAAGUGAUGCCAACAGCCAGAUUAACGGACACCGGUGUGGUCACAGGGUGAGCAGGGACAGUCGGGGUACUGCAAGGGCGCAACAGAACUCGGCAGAAAAGCAGUCACAGAUCAGGAAGGCUGUGAAUAUGCACGUGUCCCCAGAGAAGAUACAUUGUUGCCCAUUCAGCAGCUGUGGGAAGAUGUAUGGCAAGUCAUCCCACCUCAAAGCCCACCUGAGAGUGCACACUGGUAAGUUUUGUAAAGGUUAUGCUACUUAUCUAUGACUAUAAAGAAAAUACGUUUUAGGCGUACAAUCGAAAUUCUUUGUCAAACACUGGAGUUAAAUUCUUAGAUUCUUAGCCUGGCUACUGUGUCGUUCUGUAGGCGCACACUGGUGCAGGGAUGAUUGAGGACAUAACUUUGACCAGUCAGUUUUUCAGAAUGGCCUAUUGCAAGUCAUAAGGACCUACCAGUAUGUGUGCAUUUCUGUGUUUCAAAGCGGGGUGUGACCAUGUGCAGAGAGGUGUGCGCAGGUGGUGGUGGGGUUCUCUUUGACUUGCACAUUUAAACUUCUUCUUCUAGGCUAAUAGUUAGAAAAGUUGCUAAUUAGCAAAAAUGCUAAAGUUGUCUGUGAUGAGAUUCGAACUAGCAACCUAAGGAUUCGCGUUAUACGCCCAUCCAUCCAGACCAACCACCCUACUUUCAUUUUUGCCUAAUUUAACCAUCUGUCUUAUGUAACCAUACCAAACGUAACAUAUCAUACUAAUUUGAGUGUCCCUGAUUUACAUUUACUAUGUUAUGUCAAGUCUAUGAGACCAGGCUGUGUAAACUGCAGAUUUCAAACCAGUUGGUAAGGACCUGUUACCUAUGUUCAGUGUGUAGCCUGCAUAUAUUCAUGUAAUAAACCCACUGAAGUCCACAUGUUGUCUGUAGAUAACGCUGCAAUUCCCCUUUCUCUUACGUCACAUAUUUCAUGCCACUCAUGUUUUGUUGUAGGCCCAAACAGGAGACAUGUAUGGAAGCCCGUUCCCGCCACCCGAAACAUUUCAUCUGACCACGAGUUAUGAGAUAGUAAGUCAUAAUAAUGACAUACUAAGUCAUAUUUAUGAGAUAGUAAGUCAUAUUGAGAUACUAAGUCAUUAUUAUUAGAUAGUAAGUCAUAAUUGUGAGAUAUGUAAGUCGUAUUGAGAUACUAAGUCAUCAUUAUUAGAUAGUAAGUCAUAAUUGUGAGAUAUGUAAGUCAUAAUUAUGAGAUAGUAAGUCAUUAUUAAACUAUAAAAAUAGAAAGUCUCAAAAUACCAUUAUUGUGUAAUGAACACAUUACUCCUCCCGAGUGACGCAGUGGUCUAAGGCACAGCAUUGCUAGUGCUAGCUGUGCCACUAGAGAUCCUGGUUCGAAUCCAGGAUCUCAAUUGGUCCAGGGUAGCCGAGGGAAUGGCCGGCAGGGAUGCUCAGUUGGUAGAGCAUGGCAUUUGCAACGCCAGGGUUGUGGGUUCGAUUCCAGUAUAUAAAAAAAAUAUAUACACUGCUCAAAAAAAUAAAGGGAACACUAAAAUAACACAUCCUAGAUCUGAAUGAAUGAAAUAAUCUUAUUAAAUACUUUUUUCUUUACAUAGUUGAAUGUGCUGACAACAAAAUCACACAAAAAUUAUCAAUGGAAAUCACAUUUAUCAACCCAUGGAGGUCUGGAUUUGGAGUCACCCUCAAAAUUAAAGUGGAAAACCAGACUACAGGCUGAUCCAACUUUGAUGUAAUGUCCUUAAAACAAGUCAAAAUGAGGCUCAGUAGUGUGUGUGGCCUCCGCGUGCCUGUAUGACCUCCCUACAACGCCUGGGCAUGCUCCUGAUGAGGUGGCGGAUGGUCUCCUGAGGGAUCUCCUCCCAGACCUGGACUAAAUCAUCCGCCAACUCCUGGACAGUCUGUGCAACGUGGCGUUGGUGGAUGGAGCGAGACAUGAUGUCCCAGAUGUGCUCAAUUGGAUUCAGGUCUGGGGAAUGGGCGGGCAAUUCCAUAGCAUCAAUGCCUUCCUCUUGCAGGAACUGCUGACACACUCCAGCCACAUGAGGUCUAGCAUUGUCUUGCAUUAGGAGGAACCCAGGGCCAACCGCACCAGCAUAUGGUCUCACAAGGGGUCUGAGAAUCUCAUCUCGGUACCUAAUGGCAGUCAGGCUACCUCUGGCGAGCACAUGGAGGGCUGUGCGGCCCCCCAAAGAAAUGCCACCCCACACCAUGACUGACCCACCGCCAAACCGGUCAUGCUGGAGGAUGUUGCAGGCAGCAGAACGUUCUCCACGGCGUCUCCAGACUCUGUCACGUCUGUCACGUGCUCAGUGUGAACCUGCUUUCAUCUGUGAAGAGCACAGGGCGCCAGUGGCGAAUUUGCCAAUCUUGGUGUUCUCUGGCAAAUGCCAAACGUCCUGCACGGUGUUGGGCUGUAAGCACAACCCCCACCUGUGGACGUCGGGCCCUCAUACCACCCUCAUGGAGUCUGUUUCUGACCGUUUGAGCAGACACAUGCACAUUUGUGGCCUGCUGGAGGUCAUUUUGCAGGGCUCUGGCAGUGCUCCUCCUGCUCCUCCUUGCACAAAGGCAGAGGAAGCAGUCCUGCUGCUGGGUUGUUGCCCUCCUACGGCCUCCUCCACGUCUCCUGAUGUACUGGCCUGUCUCCUGGUAGCGCCUCCAUGCUCUGGACACUACGCUGACAGACACAGCAAACCUUCUUCCCACAGCUCGCAUUGAUGUGCCAUCCUGGAUGAGCUGCACUACCUGAGCCACUUGUGUGGGUUGUAGACUCCGUCUCAUGAUUUCACUAGAGUGAAAGCACCGCCAGCAUUCAAAAGUGACCAAAACAUCAGCCAGGAAGCAUAGGAACUGAGAAGUGGUCUGUGGUCACCAACUGCAAAACCAGUCCUUUAUUGGGGGUGUCUUGCUAAUUGCCUAUAAUUUCCACCUGUUGUCUAUUCCAUUUGCACAACAGCAUGUGAAAUGUAUUGUCAAUCAGUGUUGCUUCCUGAGUGGACAGUUUGAUUUCACAGAAGUGUGAUUGACUUGGAGUUACAUUGUGUUGUUUAAGUGUUCCCUUUAUUUUUUUGAGCAGUGUAUAUAUGUAUGCACUCACUAACUGUAAGUCGCUCUGGAUAAGAGCGUCUGCUAAAUGACUAAAAUGUAAAUGAAAAGUAGUGCAGCUGAGCUGUAAGUGUUUUAUUGCACAGAAUGUGUUUUAAAACAGAAAUUAAGUACUCUGAAACACCCAAAGUGGUUCUUCAACCUUAAUAUUGGUGUUUUUAAGAGAGUGUUGUGAUUUUUGGGGGGGAGGGUUUCAGUGCAUGUAAAAGGCAUCAUCAAAACACAAAAACUGUGUUUCUCAUACAAUCAAUGGUUUAAAAAUGCAAAUGGUUUAUAGCCUAGAUAUUGAUUGAUGAUAAGGGCCUAUGAAUAAAGUUUUUUGUGGAAUUCCACCUUUAUUUUUUCAAUGCUUUAUUUAGACAGAUUAGAAACAGGAGGGACAGUAAGAUGAACAAAUGUAAUAAGAUGGCGCUGGGAUGCAUAGCUGCCGUUUUAUGGGCACCUGAACAAUUCUGCAAUUUUGUGUGGUUUUUUUGCGCUGAUUUGAACUUUUUUUGUACAUACAGUGCCUUCGGAAAGUAUUCAGACCCCUUGACUUUUUCAACAUUUUGUUACGUUACAGCCUUAUUCUAAAAUGUAUUAAAUUGUUUUUUUCCCCUCAUCAAUCUACACACAAUACCCCAUAAUGACAAAGCAAAAACAGUUUUUUUGAAUUUUUUGCUAAUUUAUAAAAAAUAAAAAAAACGGAAAUAUACAUUUACAUAAGUAUUCAGACCCUUUACGCAGUACUUUGUUAAAGCACCUUUGGCAGAGAUUACAUCAUCGAGGCUUCUUGGGUAUGACGCUACAAGCUUGGCACACCUGUAUUUGGGGAGUUUCUCCCAUUCUUCUCUGCAGAUCCUCUCAAGCUCUGUCAGGUUGGAUGGUGAGCAUUGCUGCAAUUUUCAGGUCUCUCCAGAGAUGUUAGAUCGGGUUCAUGUCUGGGAUCUGGCUGGGCCACUCAAGGACAUUCAGAGACUUGUCCCGAAGCCACUCCUGCCUUGUCUUGGCUGUGUGCUUAGGGUCGUUGUCCUGUUGGAAGGUGAACCUUCGCCCCAGUCUGAGGUCCUGAGCGCUCUGGAGCAGGUUUUCAUCAAGGAUCUCUCUGUACUUUGCUCCGUUCAUCUUUGCCUCGAUCCUGAGUAGUCUCCCAGUCCCUGCCGCUGAAAAACAUCCCCACAGCAUAAUGCUGCCACCACCAUGCUUCACCAUAGGGAUGUUGCCAGGUUUCCUCCAGACGUGACGCUUGGCAUUCAGGCCAAAGAGUUCCAUCUUGGUUUCAUCAGACCACAUAAUCUUGUUUCUCAUGGUCUGAGAGUCUUUAGGUGUCUUUUGGCAAACUCCAAGCGGGCUGUCAUGUGCCUUUUACUGAGGAGUGGCUUCCGUCUGGCUGCAGAGAUGGUUGUCCUUCUAUAAGGUUCUCCCAUCUCCACAGAGGAACUCUAGAGCUCUGUCAGAGUGACCAUCAGGUUCUUGGUCACCUCCCUGACCAAGGCCCUACUCCACCGAUUGCUCAGUUUGGCCGGGCGGCCAGCUCUAUGAAGAGUCUUGGUGGUUCCAAACUUCUUCCAUUUAAGAAUGAUGGAGGCCACUGUGUUCUUAUGAACCUUCAAUGCAGCAGAUAGUGAGAUAGUAUGACUUACUAUCUCACUUUAGCAUUUUUGCUAAUUAGCAACUUUUCAACUACUUACUACUUUUUAGCUACUUUGAAACUACUUAGCAUGUUAGCUAACCCUUCCCCUAACAUUAACCCUUUUUAGCUAACCCUUCCCCUAAUCCUAACCUUAACCCUUACCCUAAACUUAACCCUUUAACCAGCUCCUAAACUUAACCCUAACCUUAACUCUGACAUGCACUGUCAACUGUGGGACCUUAUAUAGACAGGUGUGUGCCUUUCCAAAUCAUGUCCAGUCAAUUGAAUUUACCACAGGUGGACUCCAAUCAAGUUGUAGAAACAUCUCAAGGAUGAUCAAUGGAAACAGGAUGCACCUGAGCUGAAUUUCGAGUCUUAUAGCAAAGGGUCUGAAUACUUAUGUAAAUAAGGUAUUUCGCUUUGUCAUUAUGGGGUAUUGUGUGUAGAUUGCUGAGGAAAAUGUUUUAUUUAAUCCAUUUUAGAAAAAGGCUUUAACGUCACAAAAUGUGGAAAAAGUCAAGGGGUCUGAAUACUUUCUGAAGGCGCUGUAAUGUCUCGAGGUUCUGCUUGCCUGAGUUAGAAUACAGAACCUCACGAUAAGCUGUAGACCAUACUAUUUACCAAGAGAGUUUUAAUACAGUAUAUAUUUUUUGUAGAUGUCUAUUUACCACCACAAACCGAUGCUGGCACUAAGACUGCACUAAACGAGCUGUAUAGGGCCAUAAGCAAACAAGAAAAUGCUCAUCCAGAGGCAGCGCUUUAGUGGCCAGUGAUUUUAAUGAAGGAAAACUGAAAUCCGCAUGUCACCUAUGUAACUAGAGGAGAAAAAAAACUCUAAAUCACCUUUACUCCAUAUACAGAGACACAUACAAAGCUCUCCCUCGCCCUCCAUUUGGCAAAUCUGACCAUAACUUAUCCUCCUGAUUCCUGCUUACAAGCAAAAAAUCAAACAGGAAGUACCUGUGAUACGCUCAAUACGGAAGUGGUCCGAUGAAGCGGAUUUUAAACUACAGGACUGUUUUACUAGCACAGACUGGAAUAUGUUCCGGGAUUCAUCCGAUGGCAUUGAGGAGUUUACUACAUCAGUUGUCGGCUUCAUUAAUAAGUGCAUUGACGUCCCCACAGUGACAGUACAUACAUAUUCCAAACAGAAGCCAUGGAUUACAGGCAACAUCCGCACUGAGCUAAAGGCUAGAGCUGCCGCUUUCAAUGAGCGGGACAUUAAUCUGGACGCUUAUAAAAAAUCCUGCUACGCCCUCAGACGAACCAUCAAACAGGCAGAGCGUCAAUACAGGACUAAGAUCGAAUCCUACUACACCAGCUUUGGCGCUCAUCGGAUGUGGCAGGGUUUGCAAACUAUCCCAGAUUAAUAUGGGAAACCCAGCAGCAAGCUGCCCAGUGACGCGAGCCUACCAGACGAGCUAAAUGCCUUCUAUGCUCGCUUCAAGGCAAGCAACACUGAAAUAUGCGUGAGAGCACCAGCUGUUCCGGGUGACUGUGUGAUCAUACUCUCUGUAGCUGAUGUGAGUAAGACUAGUCCUUGUGCCCAAGAACGCCAAGGUAACCUGUCUAAAUGACUACCACCCCAUAGCACUCACACCUGUAGCCUUGAAAUGCUUUGAAAGGCUGGUCAUGGCUCACAUCAACACCAUCAUCCCAGAAACCCUGGACCCAAUUCACAUAUCACCCAAACAGAUCCACAGAUAACGCCAUCUCUAUUGCACUCCAUACUGCCCUUUCUCACCUGGACAAAAGGAACACCUACGCGAGAAUGCUAUUCAUUGACUACAGCUCAGCAUUCAACACCAUAGUGCCCUCCAAGCUCAUCACUAAGAUUCUGGACUUCCUGACGGGCCGCCCCCAGGUGGUGAGGGUAGGCAACAACACAUCCACCAUGCUGACCCUCAACAUGGGGGCUCCUCAGGGGUGCGUGUUUAGUCCCCUCCUGUACUCCCUGUUCACCCAUGACUGUGUGGCCGUGCAAGACUCCUACACCAUCAUCAAGUUUGCCAAUGACACAGCGGUGGUGGGCCUGAUCACCAGCGAUGAUGAGACAGCCUAUAGGGAGGAGGUCAGAGACCCGGCAGUGUGGUGCCAGGAUAACAACAUCUCCCUCAACGUAGGCAAGACAAAUUAGCUUAUCGUGGACUACAGGAAACGGAAGGCCGAACACGCCCCCAUUCACAUAAACAGGGCUGUAGUGGAGCGGGUCGAGAGCGUCAAGUUCCUCGGUGUCCAUAAGGACCUAUCAUGGUCCAAAUACAUCAACACAGUCGUGAAGAGGGCACGACAAUGCCUCUUCCCCCUCAGGAGGCGGUAAAUAUUUGGCAUGGGCCCUCAGCUCCUCAAAGUUAUACAGCUGCACCAUUUGAGAGCAUCUGGCUGCAUCACCGCUUGGUAGGGCAACUGCUCGGCAUCCGACCGCAAGGCGCUAAAGAGGAUAGUGCGUACGGCCCAGUACAUCACUGGGGUCGAACUCCCUGCCAUCCAGGAACUCAAUACCAGGCGGUGUCAGAGGAAUACCCUAUAAAUUGUCAAAGACUCCAGCCACCCAAGUCAUAGACUGUUCUCUCUGCUACCGCACGGCAAAUGGUACCGGAGCGCCAAGUCUUGAACCAAAAGGCUCCUGAACAGCUUCUACCCCCAAGCCAUAAGACUGCUUAAUAUUUAACCAAAUAGCUACCCGGACUAUCUGCAUUGACCCUUUUUGCACUAACUCUUUUUGAUUCUAUACACACACGCCGGACUCACACACCCACACACUCACACAUACUUACACUGACACUCCAACACAUACACACACACUCACUCACACAUAACAUGUACACAGAGGCACACAUUCGCCACACACACACUUACACACUCAUCACAAACGCUGCUGCUACUGUCUAUUAUCUAUCCUGUUGCCUAGUCACUUUACCCCUACCUAUAUGUACAUACAGUUGAAGUCGGAAGUUUACAUACACUUAGGUUGGAGUCAUUAAAAUUUGUUUUUCAACCACUCCACAAAUUUCUUGUUAACAAACUAUAGUUUUGGCAAGUUGGUUAGGACAUCUACUUUGUGCAUGACACAAGUAAUUUUUCCAACAAUUGUUUACAGACAGAUUAUUUCACUUAUAAUUCACUGUAUCACAAUUCCAGUGGGUAAGCAAUUUCCAAACGCCUGAAGGUACUACGUUCAUCUGUACAAACAAUAGUACGCAAGUAUAAACACCAUGGGACCACGCAGCCGUCAUACCACUCAGGAAGGAGAUGCGUUCUGUCUCCUAGAGAUAAAUGUACUUUGGUGCGAAAAAUCAAUCCCAGAACAACAGCAAAGGACCUUCUGAAGAUGCUGGAGGAAACAGGUACAAAAUUAUCUAUAUCCACAGUAAAAUGAGUCCUAUAUCGACAUAACCUGAAAGGCCGCUCAGCAAGGAAGAAGCAACUGCUCCAAAACCGCCAUAAAAAAAUACAGACUACGGGUUGCAACUGCACAUGGGGACAAAGAUCGUACUUUUUGGAGAAAUGUCCUCUGGUCUGAUGAAACAAAAAUAGAACUGUUUGGCCAUAAUGACCAUCGUUAUGUUUGGAGGAAAAGGGGGAAUGCUUGCAAGCAGAAGAACACCAUCCCAACCGUGAAGCACGGGGGUAGCAGCAUCAUGCUGUGGGGGUGCUUUGCUGCAGGUGGGACUGGUGCACUUCACAAAAUAGAUGGCAUCAUGAGGAAGGAAAAUUAUGUGGAUAUAUUGAAGCAACAUCUCAAGACAUCAGUCAGGAAGUUAAAGCUUGGUCGCAAAUGGGUCUUCCAAAUGGACAAUGACCCCAAGCAUACUUCCAAAGUUGUGGCAAAAUGGCUUAAGGACAACAAAGUCAAGGUAUUGGAGUGGCCAUCACAAAGCCCUGACCUCAAUCCUAUAGAAAUGUUUUGGCCAGAACUGAAAAAGAGUGUGUGAGCAAGGAGGCCUACAAACCUGACUCAGUUACACCAGCUCUGUCAGGAGGAAUGGGCCAAAAUUCACCCAACUUAUUGUGGGAAGCUUGUGGAAGGCUACCCAAAACAUUUGACCCAAGUUAAACAAUUUAAAGGCAAUGCAACCAAAUACUAAUUGAGUGUAUGUUAACUUCUGACACACUGGGAAUGUGAUGAAAGAAAUAAAAGCUGAAAUAAAUCAUUCUCUCUACUAUUAUUCUGACAUUUCACAUUCAUAAAAUAAAGUGGUGAUCCUAAUUGACCUAAGACAGGGAAUUCUUACUAGGAUUAAAUGUCAGGAAUUGUGAAAAACUGAGUUAAAAUGUAUUUGGCUAAGGUGUAUGUAAAUUUGCAUUUUAAGACUUUGUGAUUCUUUCACAUAAUGUUAUAUACAUGAUUAAAGCUCCCGAGUGGCGCAGUGGUCUAAGGCACUGCAUUGCAGUGCUAGCUGUGCCACUAGAGAUCCUGGUUCGAAUCCAGGCUCUGUUGUAGCUGGCUGCAACCGGGAGACCCAUGGGGCGGCGCACAAUUGGCCCUGCAUCGUCCAUGGUAGGGGAGGGAAUGGCUGGCAGGGAUGUAGCUCAGUUGGUAGAGCAUGGUGUUUGCAACUCCAGGGUUGUGGGUUCAAUUCCUAUGGGGGGCCAAUAUGAAAUCAAAAAUACAAAAUAAAUAAUAAUAAUGUAUGCAAUCACUAACUGUAAGUCGCUCUGGAUAAGAGCCUCUCUGCUAAAUGACUAAAAUGUAAAGAAAGAAAAGUCAAUUUCUAUAUUAGUAUUAAGCUUGUUGUGCCAUGAGGUGUAAUGGAUCAUGAUGAACAGAUAUCAAAACCAUCAGGCAAAUUGCAUCCAUAUGUGAGAGUCCUUGUGUCUAUGUAUUUACCAAUAAAGUGCCGGGGAGUUUGUUAUUGUUUGAAUUGCAGAUUGCCCCUUUAAAAGGGGUCAACCUGCAGGACUAUUCAAUGUCCAUGAUCCACGCUUACUAUCUCAUAAUUAUGACUUACUAUCUCAGAAUUAUGACUUUCUAUCGAAUAAUAACGACUUACUAUCUCAUAAUUAUGACUUACUAUCUCACAAUUAUGACUUACUAUAUCUUAAUAAUGAUUUACUAUCUCAUAAUUAUGAACAGGCUUCCAUAGACAUGUGGUCAUGGAGGAAAACACUUGAAUAAAUUAGGCCUAUUUGUGAUACAAAUGCUAAAUGAUCAGUCGGUAACACUACAGCCUGCUGAUAUAAUUUAUUAUGAGCAUUUAGGACCCCCUGAAGAUCAUUUAAUAAUAAUCGUAUAAUGUUCCUGACAAAAUAGCUACCGUUUAGAGUGAGUAGAAAUGUUGAUACAUAGAGAACAUAUUAGGCUAUUGUUACUGUAUUUAGCAUUGUUAUAAGAAUACAAUAUUAUAAAAGCUCUUAUGUGCUUAUAGCAAGUUAUUAAGUAUUACACCUCCAGUUACUGAUCUGUAAUGCCAAUGAAUAAGUGGUCUCAAAACCCACAUUUCCACUCAAUUGCACACCUUUGGAAUGCAAUGUUGGCUAAUUUGAUUUGUUAAGAUUUUUUAAAACCUUUCUCAUACUGUCAUUGAGAACUCCUGAGAAUGACUCCAAUUAUUCCCUUUUUCUUCUCUUGGUGGCUAUGGUUCUCCAGGCGAGAGGCCAUUCCAGUGUACCUGGCCAGACUGCACUAAGAGGUUUUCGCGUUCAGACGAGUUGACACGCCACUACCGCACACAUACAGGGGAGAAGCGCUUCACCUGCCCACUAUGUGACAAGUGUUUCAUGAGGAGUGAUCACCUGACCAAACACGCACGCCGCCACACAGGCUUCCACCCCAGCAUGCUUCAGGGCCCCAUGGUCAGAAGACGCCGCUCCUCUGCCUUCCUCUCCUCCCCCGACUCUGGAGACCAGAGCCCAACUGGUGUGUGAAACACACACAACAAUAUACACUACAAGGAGGUGGAAGUACUCUUAGAAAAAAAGGUCCUAUCUAGAACCUAAAAGGGGUUAUUCAGCUGUCCCCAUAGGACAACCCUUUGAAUAACUAUUUUUGGUUCAAGGUAGAACCCUUUUCGGUUCCAUUUAGAACCCUUCCCACAGAGGGUUAUACAAAAAGGGUUCUCCUAUGGGUACAGCUGAAGAACCCUUUUGGAACCCUUUUUUCUGAGAGUGUAGGCUAGUUACUUUACUUUCUGUUAAAAUGUUUUGCUACUGUGUGCCCAGUGCCCUACUGAACAUGACCCUGUUUGUUUUCUGUUUAGUAAUAGCUUUGUACUGGUCUGUAG